ACCGGCGUCAGCGACGAGCCGCCUGCCGCCGCCGCCGUCAAGACUCAGGACAUUGAGAAGUCUGUGAAUGAGUUGGAGGCGUCUGCCUCGCAGCUCGCCGAAAGCCCUGAACGUGACAGUCUGCUGGUGGAUGUGACCGAUCUGCGACACCGCCUGACUGACCUUCGAGGUCACUACAGGCCACAACAGAUAAUGGACAAAAGCCAAAAGCGGCCGAGGCGUCGGUCGAAGAAGUCAUCUGGUGAGUCAUUGCAAGAGACACGCGUUGACGAGCGGGGAAACACUCAUCGCGUCGAACGUUCUACCAGCUCCGAGAUCGCCCAGUCGCUGGAUGAGACAGGCGCACCUGUGUUCGUCGAGCAGGUGCGCACGGAGGUGCGCAGCGACAGCAAACCGGUCGCUCGUCAGCCGCAGGUGAAGACGAGUGAGGAGCGCCUGCUGGAUGCCGAGGGGCGGCCGACUGUGGCGACCACCACUACCACCACCACCUACGAGGACACAGUGGACGCCGAGGGUCGGCCGGUGGUGGUGCGUCGCGUGACUGAACGCGUCUGCCGCCAGACAGACGGCCAGCCGCCGCAGGUGACCGAGUCGGAGAGGAGCGAGGCUCUGUCCCCCGACGAGUGGAGCCGGCAGCAGCUGGAGCCCGAGCUGCCCGAGCCCAGUGUACGGACCGAGGUGGAGGAGUACGAGGACGAGCUGGGCCGCCGUGUGGUCAUCACCACCACCGUGACCAGCACGUUCGAGCGACAAGAGAACGCUGACAACGAGGUGGUGAUCCUGGAGCGCGUGCAUCGUCGUCGUCAGAAGACCGUGUACUUAGACGGCCAGGUGGUGGAGGAGAGCGAGCUGGACUCGCCGCCUUCGGAGCCGCCCAGUGGGUCGGCGCCGGUGGUCGAGUAUGUCAGUGAGGAUUUCGAGCUGCCGGAGCCCAAGACGGAGACGCGAACGGAAGAGUACGAGGAUGCCGAAGGACGGCGGGUCGUUGUGACGACGACGAUUACGACAACGUACGAACAGACGGACGACGACGGGGGGAAUACUGUCAUUUUGGAAAAGGUUCAUCGGCGAGUGCAGAGAACGAUUUAUGUGGACGGAGAAGUGGUCUCAGAGCAGCUGGAGGAGCCAGACGCCGGACCAGAUGCAAAGGACUCGAAUGUUAUGUACGUCGAUGAAAACUUUCAGAUUCCUGAACCGUCCGAAACUACUAAUGUGCAAGAGUUCGUUGACGAAGAAGGCAGGCGCGUUGUUGUGCGAACUACCAUUAGGACCGCAUAUGAAGAGACUGAAGAUGAAGAUGGAAGUCCUGUAAUCCUUGAGAAGAUACAGAAAAGGGUGCAGAGAACAGUGUACGUUGAUGGUAAGAUUGUCGAAGAGACUAUUGAUGCCCCGGAUGAUGUAGAAGAGAACAUCGAAUUGCCUCCAUCAACUGAGAGGGAGGAGGUGGAGGAGCACGUCGAUGACCUUGGCAGGAGAGUUGUGAUACGAUCUGUUUAUACCACAACAUAUGAACAAGACAGGGAUGGAGAUGGAAAUGUGGUGAUAUUAGAGAAGGUCCAGAAAAGGGUAUUCCGUACCGUGUUCGUUGAUGGUAAAGAGAUUGUUGAAGAGAUUCGGGACCCUUCGAGGAAGAAAUCUGUUGAAUAUGUCCUUGAGAUCCCCGAGCCGAAAACCGAAGAACACGUCGAAUCUCGGGUCGAUGAGAACGGAAGAAGAGUUACGAUCAAGACCAUCACAAGAACGACGUACGAGGAGGGCAGAGAUGAUGAUGGGACCCCAGUUAUUCUAGAGAAAGCUCACACCACCAGAAUAACAUACAGGGACGGGGAAGAAGUCGUGGAGGAGACGUCCGCGGAGAACGCUGACCAGUUGACGUGGGACCCUGCACGUGACUUUGUGCUUCCGGAACCGCGUGUCACGGAGGAGGAGCGCGAGUACAUCGACGAACAAGGCCGAACGGUCGUCGAAAAAACCACCACUACUGUCACGUACGAAAAGAAGUGCGAGAGCGACGGAAGCAUCACGGUGCUCGAGAAUGUGUGCCGACGCGUUAUGCAUACGGUAUACGUGGACGGUCAGGUGGUUGAGGUCAUCAAAGAUCCCACACCGGAACCAGACGUAUCACGCAGGUCCCGAACUGACGUCGAAAGUCUUGUAGAAAAACAGCCGCCCACAACGGGUGCUCUCACGAAUACACUCCUGAUCCCGAAGCCGUCAGUUGUUGAAGACGUCGUGGAGCAUACCGAGCCGGAUGGUCGACGGGUUGUCACCAAAACCAUCAUAACGACUACGUAUGAUGCCAUGAUGACCGAGACAGAUGAUGUCGUAGUCUAUGAGAAAGUUCACCGUCGGAUCCUACGCACGGUGUACGAUGGAGACCAACUUGUGGAAGAAGUGGAGGAGCCGACGCCAGAACCGACGGUAACCAAGAAAACUGCGGAGGAAAUUCAUAAGCUCUCAAAGCAAAAUAUGCGUGUGGAUGCCGAACUACCGGAGCCCAAAACGGAAGAAGAGGUCCAGGAGAGCACGGAUGAUCAGGGAAGAAGAAUUGUGACCAAAACAGUGACGACAACGACGUACGAAAAGCAGACGGAUGAUGAAGGCGCCGUGGUGAUUCUGGAAAAAGUGCAGCGACGAGUCUACCGAACAAUUUAUAUUGGAGACCAAGUCAUCGAAGAAGUUGAUGAACCUGUCAGCACCUCUGCUGUGGACAUGCGCGAAGCACCUUUGAAAAAACUCGACAUUCAGGACACAAUGGAGCAGCCAAAGCUGGCGGCGGUUGCAACGGAAAAGGUGAGACUGCCCGAACCAUCGACUACAGAGGACGUUGUCGAACACACAGAGCCUGAUGGACGUCGGGUGGUCACGCGAACCGUCACCACGACCACGUACGAGACCGAAACGACUGAUUCAGGUGAUCUCGUGAUCUAUGAGAAAAUCCACCGUCGGAUCUUCCGGACAGUUUAUCUGGGAGACCAGGUGAUUGAAGAAGUUGAGGAGCCAACCACGGAGCCAACAAUGACAAAGAAAACAGCCAAAGACAUUGAAGAGCUCGUAGUGGACAUACAGCUACCCGAGCCCAAGACGGAGGAGCAUGUGACAGAGAGCGUGGAUGAGCAGGGGAGGCGAGUCGUGAUCAAAACGGUGACGACCACCACGUACGAGAAGCAAAGCGAUGAUGAGGGUAACAUUGUGAUUUUGGAAAAGGUGCAGCGGCGAGUUCAUCGGACAAUUUAUGCUGGGGACGAAGUCAUUGAGCAGAUUGAUGAACCGGACAGUACCAGCAGCACCAAUGCCGCAGAAGUCAAUGAGGCUCCCGUCAAGGUAAGUAGCCGGCCGGACACAAAGGAGAUGCCAAAAACGACAACGGCUGAGAAGGACGAGAUCCGUCUGCCCGAACCAUCGACUACAGAGGACGUUGUCGAACACACAGAGCCUGAUGGACGUCGGGUGGUCACGCGAACCGUCACCACGACCACGUACGAGACCGAAACGACUGAUUCAGGUGAUCUCGUGAUCUAUGAGAAAAUCCACCGUCGGAUCUUCCGGACAGUUUAUCUGGGAGACCAGGUGAUUGAAGAAGUUGAGGAGCCAACCACGGAGCCAACAAUGACACAGAAAACAGCCAAAGACAUUGAAGAGCUCAUAAUGGACAUACAGCUACCCGAGCCUAAGACGGAGGAGCAUGUGACAGAGAGCGUGGAUGAGCAGGGGAGGCGAGUCGUGAUCAAAACGGUGACGACGACCACUUACGAGGAGCAAAGCGAUGACGAGGGUAACAUUGUGAUUUUGGAAAAGGUGCAGCGGCGAGUUCAUCGGACAAUUUAUGCUGGGGACGAAGUCAUUGAGCAGAUUGAUGAACCGGACAGUACCAGCAGCACCAAUGCUGUAGAAGUCAGUGAGGCUCCCGUCAAGGUAAGUAGCCGGCCGGACACAAAGGAGAUGCCUAAAACGACAACGGCUAAGACGGACGAGAUCCGUCUGCCCGAACCAUCGACUGCAGAGGACGUUGUCGAACACACAGAGCCUGAUGGACGUCGGGUCGUCACGCGAACCGUCACCACGACCACGUACGAGACCGAAACGACUGAUUCAGGUGAUCUCGUGAUCUAUGAGAAAAUCCACCGUCGGAUCUUCCGGACAGUUUACCUCGGAGACCAGGUGAUUGAAGAAGUUGAGGAGCCAACCACAGAGCCAACAAUGACACAGAAAACAGCCAAAGACAUUGAAGAGCUCAUAAUGGACAUACAGCUACCCGAGCCUAAGACGGAGGAGCAUGUGACAGAGAGCGUGGAUGAGCAGGGGAGGCGAGUCGUGAUCAGAACGGUGACGACGACCACUUACGAGAAGCAAAGCGAUGACGAGGGUAACAUUGUGAUUUUGGAAAAGGUGCAGCGGCGAGUUCAUCGGACAAUUUAUGCUGGGGACGAAGUCAUUGAGCAGAUUGAUGAACCGGACAGUACCAGCAGCACCAAUGCUGUAGAAGUCAGUGAGGCUCCCGUCAAGGUAAGUAGCCGGCCGGACACAAAGGAGGUGCCAAAAACGACAGCUGCUGAGAAGGACGAGAUCCGUCUGCCCGAACCAUCGACUACAGAGGACGUUGUCGAACACACAGAGCCUGAUGGACGUCGGGUGGUCACGCGAACCGUCACCACGACCACGUACGAGACCGAAACGACUGAUUCAGGUGAUCUCGUGAUCUAUGAGAAAAUCCACCGUCGGAUCUUCCGGACAGUUUAUCUGGGAGACCAGGUGAUUGAAGAAGUUGAGGAGCCAACCACGGAGCCAACAAUGACACAGAAAACAGCCAAAGACAUUGAAGAGCUCAUAAUGGACAUACAGCUACCCGAGCCUAAGACGGAGGAGCAUGUGACAGAGAGUGUAGAUGAGCAGGGAAGGCGAGUCGUGAUCAAAACGGUGACGACGACCACUUACGAGAAGCAAAGCGAUGACGAGGGUAACAUUGUGAUUUUGGAAAAGGUGCAGCGGCGAGUUCAUCGGACAAUUUAUGCUGGGGACGAAGUCAUUGAGCAGAUUGAUGAACCGGACAGUACCAGCAGCACCAAUGCUGUAGAAGUCAGCGAGGCUCCCGUCAAGGUAAGUGGCCGGCCGGACACAAAGGAGAUGCCUAAAACGACAACGGCUAAGACGGACGAGAUCCGUUUGCCCGAACCGUCGACAGUGGAAGACGUUGUCGAACACACAGAGCCUGAUGGACGUCGGGUCGUCACGCGAACCGUCACCACGACUACGUACGAGACCGAAACGACUGAUUCGGGUGAUCUCGUGAUCUAUGAGAAAAUCCACCGUCGGAUCUUCCGGACAGUUUACCUCGGAGACCAGGUGAUUGAAGAAGUUGAGGAGCCAACCACGGAGCCAACAAUGACAAAGAAAACAGCCAAAGACAUUAAAGAACUCGUAUUGGACGUACAACUACCCGAGCCUAAGACGGAGGAGCAUGUGACAGAGAGCGUGGAUGAGCAGGGGAGGCGAGUCGUGAUCAAAACGGUGACGACCACCACGUACGAGAAGCAAAGCGAUGACGAGGGCAACAUUGUGAUUUUGGAAAAGGUACAACGGCGAGUUCAUCGGACAAUUUAUGUUGGGGAUAAGAUUGUCGAGGAGUUCGAGGAACCUUCGAAAGAUCCAUGCACCGUCCACACGUCCGCCACCGAGAUGUCAAAGCUGCAAAAGGCUGUUGGUGAUUCGGAGAAUGUUGUGCUACCGGAACCGACGAUCGAGGAAACGACCGAGGAAUUUACUGAAGAUGACGGCCGCCGUGUUGUUGUCCAUACGACCAUCACGACUACGUACGAUAAGGUGGAGGAGAAUGGGCAUAUUGUUAUUGUGGAGCGCGUUCAGAAACGUGUGCGGAAGACCAUCUAUGUUGAUGGUGAGCUGGUCGACGUCAUAGAGGAGGUGCAUGGAAGUGCGGAUGAAUCUUCGUCUGCGGAGGAUGCACCUGCCCUCAUUGAAUGGAAUGAUGAGUCGGAUACCACAGCUGACACUCUGCCGAGCGAACCAGCGACACCUGUGAAGGUUCCAACGCCGCUCUCGCCUGGCGAUUCGAAACGGGACUCCACGUCCCAUCCUGCUGUAUCUUUCGUCCCACCGGCCAACGCUAAUGAAGAGCCUUCUCAGAAGCUUCCGGAAGAAGAUCGUGUGAUCGUGCACAAACUAGAAGAGUUCAUUCGUUACAUGCCGGCCAUAUCUGGGAAACUAGUUGAAGAGCCACAAGUGGAUGAAGAUCUGUAUGAAACGAUUGAAAACGGUAGAAAGGUCACGUACAAGACGAUUACGAUCACUAUCAUAGAGGAGAGGCAAAACAAAGAAGGAAAGCCCUCUACAGUAAAGCGACUGGUAAAGCAUAUCAUCAAGACGUCGGAUGUUAAUGGUAAGCCAGUGGUAGAGGAGCGUUCGGAGCCUGAAGUUGUGGAAGAACUUACAAGGGAUGCCUCUGUUCCAAAGGACACGGAAGCCCUGGCUUUGCCCCGAGACCUACCUGGACAUGACGUUAGAACUCCCUUUAAGAGUCCCAUUGAUGAAUCCGUGGAGAUUGCUGAGGAAGCAUUUGAAGACCCGCCGUCAUCUACAGCGGAAUCAGUGGAGCUUGUCGUGCGCCCGGAGCAACAGAUCAGCGCCACCAAACAGGACAGUAAGCCAUUAAAGUCACGGCCGGAGAAGACAAAGCCACCGAAGAAGACGAAAAAGAAGCGUGACAAACUUCCUACAGAAACCCCCCAUCCGGAACAGGUGGAUAGGAAAAGUGCCCCGGGACUCCUGCAGGAGGCGGCAUGUAGCGUGACGCCCGAGCAGGACCAGCUAGGUGAUGCGGAGGCUCCUGUGAUAAAGCAGGCUGUAGUUGUUUCCGAGCCGUCAUUCGCUCCGAAAGCACAAUCCGAGGACGAGGUCAUUGCAGAUGCACUUCGCAGUGCUGAAGGUGAGGUAAGCGAACGGCCGACUGUGAGAACCGAGGUCGUGGAGUCCGUCGACCCUCAAGGCAGGCGGGUGGUGCUGAAACGCAUGUACAUCACUAUCGUUGAGGACAUAAUAGACGAGUUGGGCGUUGUUACCAAGAGAACGCGGGUCAUUCGGAAAGCGGUGAGAACCACGGUUGCUGCCGAUGGCACAGUGGCUGUGGACGUGGUCGAGGAGCCUGCGGAAGAAACUGGCAACAUACCGUUGUCAGUAGAAGAGCAUGGACAUGCAUCGAAGGAGCCUGCGGCUCCGUACCUGAAAGCGGAAGAUUACGUUGCAUCGCUCGCGGCCGAAAAGGAUUGGUAUGACAAAGCAUUGAUUGACGAUGCUGAAACCGUAUACCAUACAAAACACGGCCGGGCACAGGCUAGCAAACAACAGGACAAUUCCACUGCUCCCAUGCAGACCACCGCAAACAUCAAGCCCGUUCAGGCUGAACAGCUGGAGGACAACGUAGCAUCAAAGGUAGCAGUGCCUUCGAAGUCUCAGGCCCAUCUUCCCUGUGGACUGCCUUGGCUCAAUACUUUUGAGAUAAAUGAAGCUGAAAGAGUGCACCAUGAAAGGACAGUGUCGCAAUUAGCACCACAUCGUCCUCUCAUGGAAGCUGAGGGGAAAACUCAGCAUGUUGACACUUCCCCUGAUGUGCAUAGCGUCGAAAAAGAUACAAAGCUUUGUUCUGUUCCCAUCCUCCACGAAGAGGUCUCGCUCGACAUAUAUCCGCUCAGGGAUGCUGAACGCAAGUUCCAUGAAAGAAGGGUCGCACAGGAGACUAAAGCUCCUGAAAUGGCUGAAGUCCAUCCCGACCUUGGACAUGAAACAGAGGAACAUAAAGCGCCCAAAGAGGGCUCUAAAGACCCACCAGAAGUACAGCACGAACUGGGAGGUCACCGGGUCCUGGAAGCAGAUAUUCCCACCACUGAUCCCUCGCAAAAGCCUGCGUUUGAACCAAGCGAUGUCAGCCUUCUUUUGGAGGCUGAGAGGAGACCCGUCGAAGACAUCAGUAAUGUGAUGAAAAAGCGCUUUGAACAACCAGCGCUCAGCGUUGAGCCAAUCCCCAGAAAGGAGCCAACGGCUGUUGCCAUGGAAUUGCCACCUCAGUGGCCAGAAGCGGACACAAAAGCGAAACCGCAGCAGGCGGUUGGAGUGUACCAGACACUGUUUGACCAAAUGCGGCAUGAAACAACUCCAGAAGAGAAAUCGGCCAACGAUCUGCCCGAGCUCGACGACCUCCCUGCAGAGCAGCCACCUGAAAUUCCUCGAGAUAAGGUUGAGCAGCUGCAUGAGCUUCCUGAGCUGCGACCAGCCCCCAAGGACGAAGUGGAUCUGAACCUAGUACUUGGUCGCCUCAUUGAGGAGCCAGUGACACAGAUCCAGGGCAAUGCCAAGAAGAGGUCUGAGACUGACGUGGACCGGGAUGUGAUUGAGUGGCCACACCCAGACAAACGGCCCGAAACUACAGUUGAAGAGAUUCGCGUGGAUGCGUCGCCAAUUGAGAUGAUGGCUCAUCAGCUCGUAACGCCCAGCUCGGAGAGCGGCGGCUUGCCUCCACUGAGUGAACUUCUGCCGUCUGCCCGAAAGGAACCAUCUGGCUCGGUGGCAAGUACUGAGCAUGGUGAACCCAUGACUGGUACGGAGACAACAGGAUCGGCCGUAGAUGCCCAGACAGAUGAGCCAAGAGAGGUGGCACCGCAUGACGUGGAUGUCAAUGUGGAGAUCAUCGGGGAUACACCUGAUGUUAAGGAUCAAGCACCAGGUGUGCCGGAAGCGCCUAAAAAGCAAGGAUGGUUCUCGAAAAUCAGUAACUUCAUCACAGGUGACAACGAAGCCCCAAAAGACAAGGACGAUGCGUCUUCCAUGCCUGUAUCUGCUCCUAUUCAUUCUGAACCGGCUGUAAAGAAGCAAGAAGUCGCUGACGUAAGUCCCAGCGUCGAAAAACAUGCAAAAAUACCUUUGUCUGCUGACCCGGGACCGUGUGUAACGGAAGAGGAAGUGACCCAGACGUUGGAGGCCACCCCAGUGAUGGCUGUUGAAAAGAACUUAAGUGGUUCCCCUGAAGAAACCAAUGAUUCCGAUAUAAUUGAAAGUGCGUUGGCUGAGGUCACUGGAAUCAUGGUUGAGAAACCUAAAGUUGAGGCUUACAUAGAAGAAACUACAGACAGGCAUGGACGGAAGGUCAUUAUCCGACGUGUUUUUGUGACUGUUGUUGAAGAAGUUGUCGACGAAACUGGAAACAAGGUGACCAUUAGUCGUGUGAUCAAGAAGCAGAAGCGCUGUACGAAAUUGAAUGGACAAGAAAUUGUCGAGAUUUCCAACAUCCCGGAGUGCAAAGAAGAAGGAAUAGAACAGCAGCCUCAUGACGAGGUCCUGGAACAUGCUGUACAAGACACGAUGCUGCAGAAGAAGCCACACGCUACUAAUGAUCAAGUUCCGUCCGUCGCGACCGUCACUGAGCCUUUGACGAGCCUCAGUGAUGCCGAAACUAUAUCCACGCUUUUGCCGGCGUCUGGAAACCUUAUGGUUUCAGAACCUGUUGUCGAACGAGAUGUCACUGAGACUGUGGACCGCUUUGGUCGGAAAGUGACAGUUGUGAGAGUGUACAUCACGGUUUGGGAAGAGGUUAUUUCGGAAACUGGGGAAAAGAUCGUACAGAAACGGCGAGUAUCAAGCGCCCAGAAAGUUACGAAUCUUCCCAGUGGGCCCGUGGUAGAGAGGAUAGAUGAGCGGGAUCUUGGCGAGAUAGAAAAACUAGAUCCCAACUCAGGGACGGCCUCAGAUGCGAAGCCUGUGGAGAGACCUUUGAUGGGCCAGACGGACGAGCAGUUAGUUCAGUUGCUCCUUCCGAAAGAAGGCAAUUUUGUCGGAACACCUGAAGUUGAAAGAUUUGAGAAAGAGGUAGUGGAUGAAAAUGGCCAGAAGACGAAGGUUGUACGUAUCUACCUGACCAUUGUUGAGGAAAUUGUAACAGAGUCAGGCACCAAACAACUGGUGAGGAAACGGAUAUCCAAAACUCAGAAGAGCGUCGACAUGGAUGGGAAUGCUGUGACGGAAGACACUGAUGACCCAAUAGUCAUCGAAACAUUGAACGUGGAAGAAAGUACAGCGGGUGCGAAACCCGUGAAAAAGGAGGAGAUUAUGUCAGCAACGCCAGCAGUGGAGGAAGGGGAUAUUCCGAAGCUCACUGUGCAAGAACCUGAUGAGACGACAAAGGUUGCUGUUCGGGAGGCCUCGGAGCCAUCUGUGAAAACAGACAAGCAGCACAGAGAUAAGCCUUCGAAAAAACAUUCCAAAAAGCAGCCAAAGGCUCCGGAGGAGCCUUUGGAUCCUUAUUCAGCGUCUUUGGACCCCAAGAAAGUUGAGGAAGAGCUGCUGCAGCUGUUAAUGACUCCGUCUAAAGAGGAUAAGAAACGCAAGCCUCGCAAGCGAAGUCGUAGGAGGAACAACGAUGCCGCGAAAUCACAGGAGUUGUCCAACUCCUCGGAGGAAAGCCCGAAACCGCCGGAAUCAGCCCCGGCAUCCGUGUCCGACGGGCACGACCUCAUCGUUGAGGUAAAUGAUCCAGUGUAUGGACAUGCAGUUGUUGUUACUCACUUUGACGAAGUGGAAAAUGACAAAGAAUCCGAUCAUGAAACAUAUUUCAAAGACUCUUCAGUGCCUGUGUUGGAGUCUGCAGCCAUUGAGGAGAAAGCAGGACGCGUCGCAAAAGAAAAAGCACCGAAAGAAGAAGCGGGUGAAGCGGAAGGGUGA